AGGUUUGCUUCGGCACAUGGAGCGAUGUAUCACGGUAUGGCGUGGCGGAUGCAUGGGCGGAUGCAUGGGCGGCGAGCGGUGCAUUCAUUUAUCCUUUCCUAUCUGAUGUUCGUGGUAUACGAGCCUGUUUGCAGCCGCCAGCGAAGCGUCACUCUCCUCUUCAUUUUGCAGCAUGCCAUUCGCCGCGAGAGAACCGACUUUGAAACCUUCGUCAAGCGCAGAAGAGGUCACGAUCUCGAUUCUAGGCACCUCGAAAGUUCCUCGCGGAACCUUCAUGCCGGCGGAGCUCUGCUUGAAACCUAUGGUGUUCAAGACGAAGGAAAGCAUGAACACAAAUGGUACCACGGCGAAUACCUGUCACAAGGUAGGGUAGAGAUACCCGAAGGUGCAAUGACGCUAACCACAUUGAAAGAUCUGGAAGUCCAUGACCUUUACCGAUUCUAUCCUGAUUUUGAUGUCGAAACGGAAAAGCUGAAACUCUGCAUUCGCGUCCUUGGACCCCGUCAAAAGUUC